AUGGCUCCGAUCAACUUCGCGGGGUGUAACACGGCACGGACGAAUAAUAACUGGUCCAGAGCAGCCGCCAGGGGAGGGAAUAUGGACAAGGAUUCCAUCGAGAGCUUGCUACGCGAACUAGGCAUUGAAGGGAACGAUACCAUAAGGAAGAACUUGUCGCGAUCCCGUUUUCGUGAUCGAGAUGGGCAGAAACAGCCGUCCAGGAAGGAUACGACGAGCGAAUCAUCACAUGAUCGCGAUGAGGAUGUCACGAGACUAUUGCAGGACGCUCGACACCGACAACACCAGACACCAAGCGACCAGUUGGACGAAGAGGGCCUCAUAGAGAAAACAGCAAGAAAAGACCAGCCUUGCGAGGAGGAAGACGUGGACGUGUAUCGGGAUUGUCACUACAGCAAAGGCAGUGCCUAUGGAUACCUGAUCAAUCGCUGUCCCGAUCCCCCGCUGGCCAUCACGACUUCGAAGAGUCACGCCUACAGUCAUGGCCGUGGUCAUGGCCAUGGCCAGGCCACCAUCGCCGGUACGGCCGCCGCACUUCGACGCUACGAUAUGCUAUUCGCACCGGGAAUGAUCCUGUUCGCCAUGCUGCUGCUGCUUCUCAUUGCGGUGGCGAUCGUCGAAGCAGUGGAUGUGAUCUGGAAGAAGAGUAAGGAGGACGAAGACGACGACGAAGACGAAGACGACGAAGAUGACUUGGACGAGAAGAUAUUAUAG